CAACAAAUACGAAUUUUAAUCCAAACACAAACACCCGAAAUUGUAAAGCUUAACCCGAGAAAAUAAUGGAAAAGAAGCGAAAAAGGAAGGUAAAGACGGAGCGCGACGGCGAUCGAAACCCAAACUCAGUUCAGGUACCCCAAAUCAAAACCGAGAAUCCAAAGAACCCAUUCCCUUCACACAGCGCACCCACCCCACAAGAAUGCCUCGAAAUACGCGACAAUCUCUUAUCCCUCCACGGCAUACCUCCAGAACUCGCAAAAUACCGCAAAUCGCAACAAACCAACGACACCGUGGAGCCACCGGAAACCGUUCUCGACGGUUUAGUCAGAACCAUACUCUCACAAAACACAACAGAAGCUAAUUCCAAUAAGGCUUUUGCUUCCCUUAAAUCGUUAUUUCCUACAUGGGAACAUGUGCAUGGUGCUGAGAGUAAGGAGUUGGAGAAUGCUAUUCGGUGUGGAGGUUUAGCGCCGACUAAGGCGAAAUGUAUUAAGAAUUUGUUGAGUUGUUUGUUAGAGAGAAAGGGGAAAAUGUGUUUGGAGUAUUUGAGAGAUUUAUCUGUUGAUGAAGUUAAAGCUGAGUUGUCUCUUUUCAAAGGAAUUGGUCCUAAAACAGUGUCUUGUGUGUUGAUGUUCAACCUUCAGCUAGAUGAUUUUCCUGUGGACACUCACAUAUUUGAGAUUGCGAAAACCAUGGGUUGGGUACCAGCUGCUGCAGACAGAAACAAGACUUACCUUCAUCUAAACCAAAGGAUCCCGGAUGAACUUAAGUUUGACCUUAAUUGCCUUCUGUAUACUCACGGGAAGCUUUGCAGUAACUGCUCGAGUAAAAGAGGGAACAAGCAACAGAAGAAAUUCAAUGAUAGCUCUUGUCCUUUAUUAAAUUAUAACAAAGAGCCAGUUUGAUCUUUGAAUUAUGAAAACUUAUUUUCUUUCAAUCUUUUGAUUCCCAGUUCAACACGGGAACUCUGAUCUUCUAACUAUAUAGAACCCUACUGACUAGUGUUAUAGAAUUAGGCAGGAUAACUCUUUUGAGAACAGUUAGAAGAAAGGCUCGCAAUUUUGUGCUGGUGCAUGAAAACACAUGAAGGGUUUAGUUUGGAUUGUAUGAAAUUGGUCAAUCUCUAAUUGGAUCAUUUGGUCUUUUAUGCGAGAUCUGAUUCUGUUUAUAGAAUGAUAAGGAUAACAUUUGUUCUAAAGUUUGCAUCAAAGGUUCUUACUGAUGCAUUUACUUA